AUGACCCGGCAAACCCCAUCCACCCUCCCGUCUCAACCCCUGAGUCCAGAAACCUCGCACCCGCGCCACCCCCUCUACCCCACCCCGUCUGGAAUCAACGUGAGUCUCCAUCCCACCUCGAUCCCUUGGUACGACUGGCCUUCAAUCCAAACUAUGCUGGUCGAGUCCAAUCUGAUACGCCAACAUCUCCGCGCCAUCCAGGAGAACAUCCAACUGGACCGCGAAAGACGGGAGCAAAUCGAGCGAUUUCGUCCGGAGCGUGAGCGGAGAGAGAGGGAGGCGAAUUGUCAGCCUUUUGAUCUCUUGCCGGAGGAGGAGAUGAGGGAGUGGAGGGCUCAGGGGUUGGGUUUGAGUUCGAGUUCGGGAUUGGGUUCUGGUUUCUGGAUGGCUUGUGAGAGGGAGAGGAUUGCAGUUGAGCAGGUCGCUUUCCGUCGUACUCCUGGGGCGCCUCGAAGACGUGGUCAAGACGAACAGCGCAGUCGGUCUGCUGUUCAUCUUGGUGUCGGAUCGUUCAUCAACGGCCACUUUGUCCCGGGGCCUUCGGGAUCAGAUUCUGAUACGAUGCUCUGGGACGCUCCGGCUGCAGAUGACUCGCCGUCGUCAUCGUCGUCGUCGCUCGCGGCUUCGGACAGUGGUAAUGAAGCUGAUGACGAAGCUGAGGAUGAAGCUGCUGCUGAUGUUGAUGCAGGUGCUUGGGACGCUUGUGAGCUUUGUGGGGUCACUGGGCGGUUUAAUAUCCAGACCCGUCAUGGUCGGAUUGCUUGUGUGAGGUGUGCGAUGAGGGGGAGUGGAUUGCCGAGAAGACGGUAG